AUGGAUUACUACGGCAAGCGCCUGGCGACGUGCUCAUCGGAUCGAUCCGUCAGGGUUUUCUCCGUGCCGCAGGGAUCCCAAGGUGAGCACUUGCUGGCGACGCUGAGCGGGCACGACGGCCCGGUGUGGCAGAUCUGCUGGGGCCAUCCAAAGUUUGGAUCCAUCCUCGCCUCGUGCUCCUACGAUGCCAAGGUGAUCAUCUGGAAAGAGGGCGCCGAGAACCAGUGGAUCCAGGCACACGUCUUCAAGGAGCACGAAGCGUCGGUGAAUAGCAUCGCCUGGGCGCCCCACGAAUUCGGCCUCUGCUUGGCUUGCGGCUCCUCGGAUGGAACGAUCUCGGUGCUCACGAACAAGCCGGAUGGAUCCUGGGACAGGGUGAAGAUCCAGCAAGCCCAUCCGGUGGGCGUCACCUCGGUGUCCUGGGCUCCCUCGGCGUCGCCCGGAUCUCUCCUGGGCGAUGGCCGCGCGGGCUUGAUCCAGAAGCUCGUCUCCGGGGGAUGUGACAACACCGUCAAGGUGUGGAAAUUCGCGGAUGGGCACUGGAAGAUGGAUUGCUUCCCGCCGCUCUCGAUGCACAGCGACUGGGUGAGAGACGUCGCCUGGGCUCCAAAUCUGGGGCUCCCCAAGAACACCAUCGCCAGCGCUUCCCAGGAUGGAACUGUGGUGAUUUGGACGCAGGGGCGCGAGGGCGAUCAGUGGCAAGGGCAGCUCCUCCACGAUUUUAAAUCGCCGGUGUGGCGAGCGAGCUGGUCUCUCACUGGGAAUAUCUUGGCAGUGGCCGAUGCUACCAACAGUGUGACGCUCUGGAAGGAGGCCGUGGAUGGGGAGUGGAGUCAAGUAAAUACCAUCCAGUGA